AUGUUUUCGACGCCUCCUCUCGUUUUUUUCUUCAAGCGAGAAACACCAGCAGCGGUGGUAGCGACGACGAGAAAUGAUUUUAUCCUUUGGAGCGUCUGCGUCGUUUCCAUCGCAUCGCUGAUCGUGUUCCUUCUCUUGGUCGUUUUGGACGUUCUGACGCGUAAAGUUUUCAAAUCGAAGAAAACGCCACCUUUAAUCGAGUGGAACGGCGGUUUAAAAAUCCCUCUCGUCGGCGGGAUGCUGGAGUUUCUCAAAGGCCCGAUGAAACUGAUGGCGAAAGCGUUCCCGAAAUACGGGGAAGUGUUCACCGUGCCGGUGUUUCACGAGCGAAUCACGUUUUUGAUCGGACCGAAAGUCUCCGAGUUUUUCUUCAAAGCGAAGGAUGUGGAGAUGUCGCAGAAAGAAGUGUACGAGUUUAACGUGCCGACGUUCGGGAAAGGCGUCGUUUUUGACGUCGAUCAUCAGACGCGAGCGGAACAGUUUCGGUUUUUCGCGGAUUCGUUGAAGAGCGAGCGGUUAAGAACGUACGUCGGGAUGAUGGUGAAAGAGGCGGAUGCGUUUUUCGAGAAGUGGGGAGACGAAGGCGAGGUGGAUUUGUUGGACUCUCUGAGCGAGCUGAUCGUUUUGACAGCGAGUAGAUGUUUGCUCGGGAGAGAAAUUCGCGAGAAUUUGUUUUCAGAGGUGACGGCGUUGGUGCACGAUUUGGAUAAAGGGAUGGUGCCGUUGUCGGUGUUUUUCCCGUACGCGCCGAUCGAAGCGCAUAGGAAAAGAGAUAAGGCGAGGAAAGAUUUGGCGUUGAUUUUUGACAAGGUGAUUCAAGCGAGAAGAGAGAGCGGGAGUUUGGAGCCGGACGUGUUGCAGACGUUCAUCGACGCCAGGUAUAAAGACGGGUCGAAGUUGACCAACGACCAAGUUUUGGGGAUGUUGAUCGCGGUGUUGUUCGCCGGGCAACACACGAGUUCCAUCACGAGCACGUGGACUGGAUUACUCGCGAUUGCGAAUAAAGAACGCGUGAUGCCGUAUCUCGAGCAAGAGCAGCAAAAAAUCAUGAAAAAACACGGCACGAAGAUUGAUUUCGACGUGUUGGCGGAAAUGGACGAGUUACACUUUGCGGUGAAGGAAGCGUUGCGAAUGCACCCGCCUUUGAUCAUGCUUUUGAGAAAAGCGCAGGUGAACUUUGACGUGGAAACUUCGGACGGUAAGAAAUACACCGUCCCGAAGGGCCACAUCUGCGCCACCUCUCCGGCGUUUGCCCAUCGCAUGGACUCCGUCUUCAAAAACCCAAACACCUACGACCCGCAACGCUUCAAAUCGGACGAAAACAAGUUCGCCUCGUACAUCGGCUUCGGCGCCGGUCGACACGGAUGCAUGGGCGAAACCUUCGCCUUCAUGCAAAUCAAAACCAUCUGGUCCGUGUUGAUUCGAAACUUUGAGUUUGAUUUAAUCGGCGACUUACCCGAACCCGAUUACGAAGGCAUGGUCGUCGGCCCGAAACAUCCGUGCAAAAUUCGAUACAAGAGGAGAGACAGGAAGAAAAACGGCUUGAUGAAAUCGCCGUCCACGAUGAGUAAAUCGUUUAAAGCGUGA